GCAUCUUUUGGGGGUGGUGGCAGAGCUUCGCCGAGGAGCGGGUCGGGGCUGCCAGCUCGGAGCGCGCACUGGGAGGUGUCCGGGGGCAGAGCGGUCGGGCCCAUGAAUGGGGACUUAGCAGCUGGCCAGAUGGCUUCCUCCGCCGGCCCCACGGGCCCCACGGACCCCAUGGACAGCCUGGAGCUCCUGGACCUGCUGUUCGACCGCCAGGACGGCGUCCUGAGGCACGUGGAGCUGGGCGAGCGCUGGGCCUGCGGCGAGGACCAGGUGCUCCCAGGCCCAGAUCCUGAUGACUUCCUCAGCUCCAUCCUGGGCUCAGGGGACUCAGUGCCCAGCUCCCCUCUCUGGUCCCCAGCGGCCAGUGACAGCGGCAUUUCAGAAGACCUGCCUUCCGACCCCCAGGACACCCCUCCACACAGCGGCCCAGGUGCCACCCUGGCCGGCUGCCCUCCGGCAGAGCCUGGCAAGGUGCCUUGUCCUUCCUACGGGCCUGGGCCCCCCUGUCCCUCCAGGCCCCUGGGGCCCGGGAGCCAGCUGCUUGAGGCCUCUGUGGCCAUAGACCUGGAAAUGUGGGGCCCAGAAGUCCUGUACGUGGAAGAGCAGGCCCAGGCCUCCGACCUGCCACCGCGCUGCAACCUCACGGUGAAAGAGCUUCUCCUUUCCAGCAGCAGCGGGGACCUGCAGCACCACCCCGCGGCCCCCCACCCGCUGCGCCCCGGGCCCGGGUGCUGCCAGGAGCUCGUGCUGACGGAGGACGAGAAGAAGCUGCUGGCUAAGGAGGGCGUCACCCUGCCCACCCAGCUGCCCCUCACCAAGUACGAGGAACGACUACUGAAAAAAAUACGCCGGAAAAUUCGGAACAAACAGUCGGCCCAAGAGAGCAGGAAGAAGAAGAAGGAGUACGUGGAUGGUCUGGAGACUCGAAUGUCGGCCUGCACCGCCCAGAACCAGGAGCUGCAGAGGAAAGUCUUGCACCUCGAGAAGCAAAAUCUGUCCCUCCUGGAGCAGCUGAAGAAACUGCAGGCCCUGGUGGUGCAGUCCACGGGCAGGUCCGCCCAGACAGGCACCUGCAUAGCGGUCCUGCUGCUGUCCUUCGCCCUCAUCGUCCUCCCCUCCAUCAGCCCUUUCACCGCCAACAAAGCCGAGAGCUCCGGAGACUUCGCGCCCGUGCGAGUCUUCUCCAGAACUCUGCACAACGACGCCGCGGCUCGCGUGGCCCCUGGCGGCGGUCCCGGCACCGGCCACACGAUACGCGAGGCCCCAGGAUCCGUGCCCGCUGCUGGCGCACCCCACGAAGGCUCCCCAGGCCACCCCAAAGUGGACUGGGCCUUCGGGGACACGUCGGCGCUGGAGGAGCUGAACAACACGCUGGUGGUGGACAACUCGACGCAGGAGCUGGGCCCCGCCACCCUGCUGGGCUGGGCUGCGCCUGAGCCGGCGCUGCGCCCGGGACAUGCGGGGCUGGAGGCUGCGGGGGAGGAGCUGUGAGCGCGGGACCGAGCCCGGCCGCUGCCCAAGCCGCCCGGCGGUGCUGGGCCGACAGCGACAGGCGAGGACCAAGGAGGCGGCUGCAGACCUCACGGAGAUGCCAGGAUGGACAGAGAGCCGCACACCCAGGGUGCCACGCGGCCGGGGGCAGAUAGGGCCAGAAAGCCUGAGAAAUGCACGCAUGGGCCCAGGCGCAGGGGGACCGGGCACUCGCCUGCCGGGAGGAUUCAAACCAUGCGUGGGAAGUAGAAUUAAACCAUGAGCUUAUUUUGGUGCAAAAAAAAAAAAAAAAAAA